AUGGUUGGAAUAGGGAAUGCAGAGCUGGAAAAUGCCGCCUCACCAAGUGCGCCUGAAGGGGUGUGGGCUGUGACAGAGCAACAAGCUCCCCUCGAGAGGGUCCCGUUUCAGGAGUCUGCGCCCUAUAAGGGCUGCGCUUCCGGUGGCCGGGUAGUCACGCGCGGCGGCCACGUCAGCGCUGGUAAAAGCGAUGACGCGGCGGGGGAAGGGGGGGAUGUGGCCACUUUGCCCUUUGCCAUGGCUGCAGAUAUCACCCUACUGCUGAGGCCUAGGCUGGUGGGGCUCUGCUCCAAACUGGUCUGCUACUUCAGUAACUGCCUCCAGUACAGAGAGGGGGCUGCUUGCUUCUUACCCGAGGAUGUGGACCCCAGUCCAUGCACCCACCUCAUCCAUGCCUUUCCUGGCAUGGACGGUCACCAACUUAGCUCCAUAGAGUGGAAUGAGGAGACACUCUACAAAGAAUUCCAUGGCUUGCAGAAGAUGAAUCCCAAGCUGAAGACACUGCUGGCCUUUGGGGGCUGGAGCUUUGGCACUCAGAAGUGAACAGACAUGGUAGCUACAGUCAACAACUGACAGAUCUUUGUCGACUCAGCCGUCAGGUUUCUGCACAAAUAUGAUUUCGAUGGCCUUGACCUUGACUGGGAGUACCCAGGAAGUUGAGGGAGCCCCCCCUCAGAUAAGCAGCCCUUCACAGCCCUGGUGCAGGACCUGGUCUGUGCCUUUCAGCAGGAAGCCCAGACCUCAAGGAAAGCAUGCCUCCUGCUGAGCUCAGUGAUUCCAGCAGGACGACACUGCAAAGAAGCUGGACAUGAAGUGGACAAAAUUGCUCUAAGUCUCAGGAACCUGGAUUCCCACAGACUGAUGGCCCAUGACCUCCAUGGCUCUUGGGAGAAGGCUCCAGGGCACGACAGCUCUCUCCCUAAGAGGCGGGAAGAGAGAUGGAUACAUAUCCCUGGUGGCUCAGACUGCAAAGCAUCUGCAGUUUGGACAUUGGACACAGAUGAUUUUGCUGGUUUCUUCUGUAACCAGAGCUGGUAUCCCCUCAUCAAGACAUUGCGGUUGGACUUGAGUCUUCCAUAUAUGCCUUUAGACCCCCCAGAGCCUGAUGUUCCUGCACUACGUCAGCCCUCUGAACCUGGGCACGGUUCCAGCCUUGGACAAGAUGCUUCAUGCCAGGGCAAAGCUGAUGGGCUUCACCCCAACCUUCUGGACUGGUUCAGUUACUACAGUUGUAUAGGGGUGGUUGUUCCAGCAAAGCAACCCGAGGAGCCUGUGUUCAGCUCCUCUUGCAAACUCUGCACCUGGAGUUGA